UCAAACGCUUCCGAGAUCCAGUCUACCGGCCUCUAUCAACAUGGCUUCGUUAAAGUUUGGACAAGGGGUGAGGCAUUUUAGCUCAACAGCUGUUAAACACAAGCUGAUAAAGCCACCAGUCCAGGUGUAUGGUAUUGAAGGAAGGUAUGCUACAGCCCUGUUCUCUGCAGCUUCCAAAAAGAAGGCACUUCCUGCAGUAGAAAAGGACCUCAACUCUCUUUCUAAAAUAUUGGCUACAGACAUCAAAUUUAGAGACUUCCUGUAUGACCCUACACAGAAAGGACAACACAAGCAAGUCCUCCUCAAAAAAGUUGCAGACAGGGAAAAGUUUUCUGAAGUGACAGUAAAUUUAUUUGGAGCACUGGCUGACAAUAAACGAUUUAACAAACUUGCUGGUGUUACAACCUCCUUCAACACCAUCAUGGCAGCUGAGCGAGGGGAGGUUCCUUGUACAGUAACUGUAGCUAAGAGUUUGGAUGCUUCUACUCAGAAAGAGCUGACACGUAUUCUGUCCGACUUCCUUAAGAAGGGGGAAAGUUUGGUACUAACCACGAAAGUUGAUCCCACUUUGAUCGGAGGUAUGAGGGUUGAUUUCACCGACAAAUCGGUUGACAUGUCCAUGGCGUCAAGACUGGGGAAGUAUGCAGAUCUUGUUAGCCAGCCAGUGUAACACAAGCAGCUGUAGACUUAUUUCCAGUGUGUUGUAUGCUUGUUGAACUAAGACAUAUAAAGUUUGAAGAAAAAAUUUCAGUGCUGAUGCGAAAAAAUGUACAUUUCUAGAUUCUAAAUGAUUAAACAUUUUCAUUAU